AUGAUGUCCGCCAGAGCCCUCCGCACCCUCCGCCCAACCCUCCUCGCAUCCUCCUCCCGCCCCUUCACCACCACCGCCCGCGUCCGCGCCGGCUCCGGCUCCGCCUUCAACAGCGGCAAAGAGGACCUCGGCGGCCCGGGAGGCCAGCAGCCGAUCCCGCCGAACCCGGGCGGUCCUGAAGCUCUCCGCCGCAACUGGUGCGUCUUUUUCCAUCUCACAACCCUGCUCCCCAAACCCCAAGAAUUCCCGCCCAUUCUGGAGAGAUGUGUGCUGGUCAUUGGCGGCGCCGCAUUGGCCGUGCUCGUUGGCUACAACUGGAUCUACAAGAACCCCGACGAGGCGCGGCAGCAGCGCGACAAGACGCUCGGCGAGAUGAGCGGCAGGAAUAAGACGGAGAUGGGCGGCUUUCGACAUGACUGA